CACUGGUGGCAACAGAACAAGGAACGCCUUGAUAGGGACAUGGUUACACGGCAUUCGAGCUCGUCAACUCAACUUUAUUCAGGUUGUAACACUUUAAGUUUAAACAUUUCAUGUCGUUUUUGUGAGUUAGCUGCUCCCAAACAUUGCCAGAGAGUCCAGAUUCAUCCACAGAGCUGAAAUGAAGGUGGCAUCAGCGCUGAUAUAUGUUAUGACGGUGUGGCUGUUGUCAUUGGCGACGCCAUCGCAAACUGCUAAGUAUGCGUACAGCACGGUGAAAGAUCCGGUGUGCACGACAGGUUUGCUGUCGGGAGCAGAACUUCUGAGUCGUGGCAAGACGCGAACCCAGCUGGAACACCAGGUGCAGUCACUGAAGAAGGAAAAAGACAUGCUUCUAGAACGAGUUUGCAAAGCAUCGAGUAAAACAGAGGCCACGGCAGGAACACCGAGUGAGAUCUCAACACUUCAAGACUUGGUGAACAGUAUCGUGUCUAUCGUGGAGAGUAGCGACGACAUAGAGGGAACUUCGGCUGAUACAGCAUCCUGCCCCACAUACGACGUCGUCGACACAACUACAGAAAAGGUUUGUGCCUAUGGCGUGGCAACAGGGAAGGAGCUAUUCAGUAUUGGAGAGGACACGAAGGCGUUGGAGAUGGCGAGAGACAAGCUGCUGGCAGAAAUGAGUGCCCUGAAAGAGAGCAACAAGUGUCCCGGCAAAAAUGGUUAUACCGUCGGAAAUGAAACCAGACGAAGGAUCAGGGAGGCAGUUCAUGCGUUCGUAAAAAGGCCAUCCCCAACCUGCCCCCAUGUCUCAGCUAACAGCGUAGACCUGGACCCAUCGGCAACCAUUCCCGCUGACACCGCUAACAGCGUAGACCUGGACCCAUCGGCAACCAUUCCCAUUGACACCGCGAACGGUGGAGACCUGAACCCAUCGGCAACCAUUCACAUUGUCACCGCUGACAAGAUAGAGAUCCUAAACCCGUCAGCAAUCCUGCACCCCGCCGACGAUAACAGUGGAGACCUGGAUCCGGAGAAAGUAACGUGCCAUGACAGUGUCGACACAACCGGAAGGAACUCGUUCUGGAACCAGCCGCCACUCACCUCACCCUUCGUCUUUGACAUCAAGACGGAAGGUCGGAUCUACAUCCGGCUUUCUGCCGAGAAUAAUGGAUUGCCGGACAUGUACCGUAUCAACUCGUAUCCGUGGGGCCCCAAAAUCUACCGGAGAACGAAGGGCAAGUGGAUCGCGAAGGUCCACGUGCGCACGCAAGAGAUCUGGGAUGUCAAUGAUUUCCUCCGCCUGUGGGUCCGAUGGUCGGAUGACGGGUUCAUCGGGCUGUACCGGGGAGGACGGCCGGACCCCGUCAUCAACUGGACCGACCCGAACCCGCUUCCCAUCCGCCACGUGGGGUACAGCACCGUGUUCAAACCCGGGGUGUUCCGCUUCAACUGCUACUGAUUAUGAAUGGUUUAUCGGACAUCGGAUACUAAUGCCAUAGAAUGCCUAAUCUCCAAGCAGAUACUACAAUGGCAUAAGAUAGUACUACACUUCCCAAGGAGUGUAGUCAGCCAAAAGGUGUACAUUUGCCAUGUAGCGAAACACACCCCUAAGCCGGCUUCACUCCUCUGCCAGUUUUUGAUACUAUCUUGUGCUACCGUAGGGUCUGCUUGGAGAUUAUAGAAUGCCAUUUGGCAUUUUUAAAGUAGAAUAAGAAGACGUGAAAGAACAGAAUGAAGACUCUUUUAUUCGGUAUACCGUACUCUAUGUGUUCAGUCAUUUGUUCAACCCUCCUGACUACUGAAAUUUCAUAAUGAAGGCAAAUUUGCCGUUGUUUUAUGCGCAUGCUCGCAUGUAUUUUUUUUAUAAAUUUCUAGAGAGGAUGUCAUUGCCCAUAUAAUUAAAUCAACAUAGCACUGGAAAGUGGAGUUGUGAGAAUAUUUUGAAAUAGAAUUAUUAUAGUCUGUAACACAAACUCUGCUGUCCAGGGCUGUAACUGGCCCCUCCCCUCUAGGAGGCCGGCAAAUGUUGGGCGGGCUGCUAUAAGCGAGCGUAGAUCAGGCUACAAUCAAAUCCCGUUUGCUCAGUUUUAUGAUGCUCUAUAUCUCCAUCCUUUUUGUUAAAAUAUUUACUUUGUGUUUUCGUAUAUUGUACCAUACUGUUGGACCAAAUACGCUUCCAUGCCAUUGUUUCACAU